AUGGCGAGGAUUGCCUCGUUCCUGUUGUGUGGUCUCUCUCUCUUCGAUCUUUCGUCCAGUCACCCUUCCCACCAUCAUCCUCGAGCGCCAACUAGCCCUACUAAGUUCGAUGUUCAGCAAAGUGUUCCACCCCUCGACUAUGUCCCUCAUAAACAGGGCAUUCCUUUCUCCAUCCAGAAUCAGACGGCACAUCCCUGGGUUGAGCUGGCUCAAGUUUCUGGGGCUGCAGACCUGACAGGCCGGGAAGUUACCACUCGGGCUAGCUGUGGUGGACCAACUCCAGACAGCCCUAGCAAGUUCUGGUAUGAGACCAUUGCUCAUAAUGGGCAAUCGUCAUUCCUGGAUGGAACAUACAAGAACAACUACCGCGUCUUUCGUAAUGUCGUGACCGACUACGGCGCAGACAACACGGGUACCAGAGAUGCGUCUGCCGCUAUCCAAAACGCUAUCAAUGCUGGCGCUUCCAAUGGUCCUGCCCGGACUAGCAAUUCCAUGGGAACCACUGGCCAGCCGGCUGUCGUGUACCUGCCUGCUGGCACGUAUCUCCUGGAAGGCAGUCUGCAGCUAUACGUUGGAACCGUCCUUGUCGGUGAUGCACUGAACCCUCCUGUUCUCAAAGCCAGUGCCAAUUUCCCCCACGAUCAUAUCAUCUUCGGGAAAGAUCCGAACCAGGGAGGCACCGUCAACUUCUAUAUUGGCUUCAAGAACGUGAUUAUCGACUCGACAAGCAUCGCGACUUCGAGCUCCAUUACCUUGCUGGACUGGACUGUUUCCCAGGCUACACAGCUCACGAAUAUUGUCUUUAGAAUGCCCAACUUCUCCAAUCACGUCGGUCUCACCACCCAAUUUGGAUACAACAGCAAUAUCAUUCUGAAUGACUUGACUUUCUCUGGAGGAAGUGUCGGCAUGCAGUUGAGCGGUCAGCAAUGGAUCCUCAAGGGCAUCAACAUCAACGGUGCCAAUGUCGGCAUCAAAGCCGCUGGCUUCCAGCUGGUUUGCCUGGAUUGUCAGUUCCAGAACGGCGCGACAGGAAUUGAUGCGAGCGGGAUUUCUGGAUCCCUGACGGUCAUCGAUUCCAGCGCCAACUACCUGGGCAAUAUGGUUAUUUCGUCAAAUGCCGGCGGAAAAGCUCAGAAUUCAAUCAUCCUGGACAAUGUGCAGUGCACCAACAGUGGCAGCACCGUCUCCCUCAAUGGCAACACGGUUCUCUCGGGCUCGGUCACGAACACAUGGGUACAUGGUAACCAAUACUCGGGUGGAAGCACCACCCCUGCAUAUCAACAGGGAUCCCAAGUAAACACGCCCAGAACAAAUGUUCUUGUGGGUGCCAACAGCAACUACUUCUCCAUGAAGCCACCGACAUACGCCCAGUACUCGUCCAACCAGUUCAUCAACAUCAAAAGUGUCAGCGGGCUACCGGUUAUGGGCGACGGCGCCACCGACGAUACUGCGAAUAUCAACGCAAUCUUGGCGCAGUAUGCCCAUUGCAAGAUUAUCUACUUCCCUGCGGGUACAUACAUUGUAACCGAUACGGUUUUCGUCCCACCUGGUUCGAUCAUCAUCGGUGAUGCAUAUGCCUCUGCCAUCAGUGCUACGGGGUCCAAUUUCUGGAACCCGAGUGCUCCGAGAGCGAUGGUGAAAGUAGGAAACGCUGGCGAUGUUGGUGUGGCCCAAUUCACGGAUAUGCUAUUUACGGUAGCCGAUGUCCUACAAGGCUGCAAACUGGUGGAAGUUAACAUGGCUGGCGCAAACCCCGGAGAUGUCGGAUUCUGGAACACACACUUCCGGAUCGGCGGCGCGGUGGGCUCUAAAGUCCAGACCAACUGCUACAAAACCCCCGACGAAUGUAAAGCCGCCUGGGGUCUGAUGCAUCUCACGAGCAGCUCGUCCGCAUACAUUGAGAACAUGUGGGGAUGGACCGCAGACCACAACCUCGACGGCAGCCCGGACACAACCACCAUCGCGACAGGACGCGGGCUCCUCGUCGAAGCCACCAAGGGCACCUGGCUAGUGGGAACCGCCAUGGAACACCACACGCUCUAUCAAUAUAACUUUGAGAAUGCGCAGAACGUCUUCUCCGCCUUCCAGCAGAGCGAAACGCCGUACUGGCAGGGAUGGGGGAGCCCUGACCUCGCCCCGACACCUUGGUCCUCGAAUCUGAUUGCCUCCGAUCCCAACUUUAGCAACUGUGCCGCGGGCGAUGCGGGAUGCCGCAUGGCUUUGUUUGAGCGCAUUCGGGGAUCAACGAACCUCUUCCUCUACGGCGGGUGUGUUUGGGCUUUCUUCAAUAACGGCGGAGCCUGUAAUGGGGAUUGUCAAGCCAACGCUAUCCGCAUCCUUUCCUCCAACGGACCGGUCUAUCUGUACGGGACGAACGUCAAGGCCAUCAGCAAUAUUAUUCUCGAGAAUACUGUGGUAGCAGCCAAGGAAAGCGACAACCAGGGAGGAUGGGGCGGUGUCGUCGCUGCGUAUCUUCAUAGUUCAUGA